AUGAUUUGCCUGGUUCUGUCCAUUUUUGCCUACUUUUUCCAGCCAGCAUGGACCGGGGUGAACGAACGCACAUUCAUAGCUGUGAAACCAGACGGUGUGCAGCGGAAACUGGUGGGAGAUAUCGUGCGCCGUUUUGAGAAGAGAGGCUUCAAACUUGUGGGCCUGAAACUCGUGCAGGUACAGCUGGUUCACUUCGUUCUUCCACUCCUGAGAUUCUGCAUGAGGUACGGACGCUUGGAAAUGGAGGCCUCUGAGCACCUUCUCAGGGAACACUACUGCAAUUUGAAGAGUAAGCCGUUCUUCAACAGACUGAUAAGCUACAUGAGUUCUGGACCAGUUAUUUUAAUGGUGUGGCAGGGUCUGGACGUAGUCAAGACCGCUCACAAGAUGAUGGGAGAAACCAACCCUGCAGAGUCGCAGCCGGGAACCAUCCGAGGAGAUUACUGUGUGGAAGUGGACAAAAACCUGAUCCAUGGCAGCGACUCCGUGGAGAGCGCCCAGACGGAAAUCUCCCUCUGGUUUGGUCAGAACGAGCUGCACCGCUGGGAAAGCAGCAGCCGCCAGUGGAUCAACUGA